AUGGAGCCUGAGCUGCGGACCCGGCCGGGCAUCCUGACCGUGGACACUUCCGAGAAGCACUUCAGCGUGGUCCCUGUUAUCGUUGUCUCUCUGGGAGUCGCCGCCCUGUCCAGCUUCUGUGCUGCCGGGGCGUUGGCGAGUCUCCGAACCUCCAUCGGCAGUAUCCUCCGUCUACGCUGCUGGUCAAUUCCUAUUCGCCUUCUUGAGUCUCUUCAUCCACCCGAGCGUCAUCCUGCUCUCGGCGUGCGGAACUGGCAUCGCCCUCGCGGCAGUCAUCUCCUUGGUUACGUUUCCAUCGGCCGCCAUGGUCCAGCAGGUGACUCUGGCCUUGUCGAUCCUCCUGGGGGGGUCCCCAGCAUGGUCGUAGCCAUUGCUCUCCGAGGCCUCGGCUGGUGGACCGCUCUGGCUUGCGGCCUGUUGAUUAGCAGCUGUAGCCUGGGAGCAGGCAUCUGGCCGUGGGUCAUGUUGGCUGUUUCAACCAACAAGUCUACACAAUACGCGUACUGUAUCGUCGUCGCUCUCUUUGCGGUAGGCGGUGUUUUCCCUCUCUAUCUCAGCCUGGUCCGCUCCGCCCGUGGUCGGGAGCGACCCCCUGGUUGGGGCUUCAUCGGCGCUGUAUUUCAGCGACGUUCUCGUCGCGUACAGGUGUAA